CCCAGGUGUUCGGGAUCGGCGCAUCUGUCGGCCCCGUCCGCAUCAACCUGUUCUCUACCGAGGACACCACCCCGCUUUGCUCAAAGGGAUGAUGUGAGGGGCGCUCUCACAACGGAAAAGGCCGGCCCGAAGAGAGAGUUCGUGCCUGUCGACAAACUUUCAGUUGUCGACUCGACUGAAUUUGCAUCGAAAAUCUCGUACAGGCAAUGGACGGCAGGCCCGUGCUCCGACAGGUCUCAACUUCGAGCCAUACCCCAAUGAGCUCCGACGGAUCGGAGCCCACGGCGGUGCUCGGCGCCCCGAUGUCGCGUAACGAGCUCGAACGCAGUCGCACGCAAUUGAACCAGAGCGGCAUGAUGUCGCCCGGUACGGCAUUUGAAAACCUGGACACCAUCAAGGGACCGGCACCGCACACGUUCAGCAACAACAACGUGCCGGUGAAGCCCAAGGUCGCGCUCUUCGACGGCGACUCGCAGUUGUCGACCGAGGGAUUCCGCCAACGCGCGGCACUGCAGACGUGCUCCAUCAGUUGGCAACACAUUUCGUACUUCAUUCAGCCCAAGGAGAAGGCGCUCGGACGUCUCCGUAACAACAGCAAACGCGGAUCGGGUCCGUCCGGACUGGAGGCGCAGUUCGAGCGCCAGCAACCCCGCAAAAUCCUCAACAACGUGUGGGGACGGUCAGGACCAGGCGAGUUGACGGCCAUUUUGGGUCCGUCCGGUGCCGGUAAGACCACACUUCUUGAUAUGCUCGCGGACCGAGUGCCGUCGGGAGGCUCGGGCGUGCAUUUGGAAGGACUUGUGGAGGUGAACGGCCAGCCACGCGACCUCCGCACCUUUCACUCUAUCAUGAACUACGUGUCGGAAGACAUGGCGUUCCUAGGCGCAUUCACCGUGCUCGAAACGCUGCAGAUUGGCGCUGGUUUGAGUCUGCCUGGCCACAUGCCCCCGGUCCAGCGUGAAGCCCGUGUUCAAGACGUGAUCGACGCCAUGGGUCUACGAUCGUGCUCUAAUGCCCGUGUUGGCGAUAUCUUCCACAAGGGAAUCUCCUCCGGUCAGCGCAAGCGUCUUGGCAUCGCUCUGGAGCUCCUUUCCGACCCCGCUCUUCUACUCCUAGACGAGCCGACGUCCGGCCUGGAUUCGUCCUCAGCUCGCGGUGUGAUGCAAUACAUCGAGCGGUUGUGCCAGGAGGGCGGCAAGAACGUUGUGUGCACCAUCCACCAGCCUUCUUCGUCCAUUUACGGCAUGCUUACGAACCUCAUCAUCCUCAGUGGCGGUGAACUCGUCUACGGCGGUCCUACAAACGCUGCUAUCGCCCACUUCUUCUCGAUGGGAUACGUAUGCCCAAUGUACACGAACCCAGCUGAGUACUUCGUCCACCUGGUUAACACCAAUUUCCACGAAGGCCUGAAACUCGAGCCAUUCAUUCGUGCACUCAAGGAAAGUGCCGAGCCGCAGCGUCUCCGUGCCGAUGUAGUCAGAGAUCGUUCGCGUCGCGAUCACCUGGCCAAUCCAGAACUUCUUAAGGCGAUGCGACCGUGGCCGAUGGACCAGUUCUUCGUGUUGGUGAAGCGUAACUUGACCAACAACUGGCGACAUCCCGGUGUCUUCUGGCUGCGUGUACUCAUGUACGUGUUGCUGUCGCUCAUGGUGGGUACCAUGUAUCUGAGCUCCAACAACGGCAUCAAGGACAUCUCAAUGGUGUCGCUGCUCUUCUACGUGCAAGCUUUCCUCGUCUUCAUGUCCGUCGCUGCUCUACCAGCUUUACUGGAGCACCGUGCCAUCAUGGAGCGAGAGAUGCGGGCGUACGCGCUGUCAUUGACUGGUUACACGAUGUCUAACCUGCUGGCUGCGUUACCGGGUAUCCUGCUUAUCUCUGUGCUAGCCUCGGCGAUUGUGGUCUUCCUGGCCCACGUACGCUCGUUCCCGACCUUCCUACUCAACCUGACGUUGUCGCUGAUCGCCGCCGAGUCGCUGAUGCACUUACUCGGAGCUGCCGUACCGCACUACAUCAUGGGUAUCGCCUUGGGUGCCGGUCUCUUCGGUAUGUUCAUGCUUUGCGAAGGGUUUAUGGUGCCGUUCGAAGACAUGCCAGUUUACUGGCGAUGGGGCUACUACAUCGCGUUCCACACGUACUCGUUCGAGUCUUUCAUGUACGAGCACUUUUCCCAGGUCAACACGAAAGAGGCGUGGAAUAUACUCAAAGGCUACGGCAUGGAGAAGGUCAACGUCUGGCAGAACAUGAUCAUCCUGGCAGGCUACUCGGUCGUACUGCAGAUCCUCGUCAUCGGUGUGCUCUUUCUCCGUUUUAACCGGCACCGUCGCCGCUAAGCCUAGUGAAGUGUCUUUAUUAACGUUUGUAUAAGUUCAAACCAUGGAAGAAGUCGUGUUACUAUCCAACCCUCUGUCUAUCCACGUGAGCGUGCGACGUUGAAGUGAUCACCAGACUUUCCAUGGUCGCCGACUCGGUGACCGUGAUCUUCCCGCUGUCAUUUGUGCCCGAUGAAGUGGUGACCAUCUGUCGUUAUCCUCAGGGCUACAAUUCAUGUGAUCUCAGCGCAAUGCCAGAUGGGAAAAGAGAUGAAAUGAGUCAAUCCAUUGAAGCGUUCAAUGAACGCUCUUGUCUAAUGUAGCAGUUAUCCAACUGCUGGUGGGUGGGCGGGUGCUUCAAAAUCACAACCGGGGUUCCAGUGUCUUCAGCGAGUGUACGUUCUUGUCUUCUUCGGCAAACUCCAGACGUUUCUGAGCCUUCAUUAGCACCCGCAUCUCGUGCUGGUUGUCUUCGUCGAUUUUGAGGCCCUUGUCGAUCGGUUUGAACGCGUCCUUUUCAUCCAAGUUCAGCACCGUAAAGUAGCUAAUGUAACAGAAAAACACACCAACGGAAAGUGAGGACUGACAUUCAAGACUAUACAUCGAGAAGAGAAUGACAUACCCGCUGUGAGACUUGCGCUCACCGCCGUCUACGACAGAUUGAACAAACACCUCGACCUCGACCUCGAGGCGGUAACGCCUAAUAUACCCGAUCACAACAAACA